AGAGAGAGAGAGAGUUAGGGGAAGAAAGAAAGAAUGAGCGAGGAGGAGGAGCCGUUUUUCAAUUUCUGAACAUUCCGACGAGCACAGCUCACCCUAUCUCCUCCUCGACUUCCUCCUCUCCUCCCACCUCCCACCUCCCACCUCCCGUCCAUUCCCAGGAUGGAAACCACCGCCGCCAUCCCCACCGCAUCGUCUUCGCCCUCUCCUCCUCCGUCGCCGCCGGAAUGUCUCGAUGUCUCGCCCGUCGGAUCUCUCCUUCAUGUGGCUGAUGACGUUCACGAGGUUCUUUCUGAAGACGAACUAGAUCAUGGCAUCGAUCAUGAUCGCGUCCAUGGUGACGACCCUGAGCCUGAGCCUGAGCUGGCGGUCGAAACCACCGGUGUUCUCACUGAUGAUCUCAAACGUAGGAUCAUUAAGCAGGUGGAAUAUUAUUUUAGUGAUGGGAAUUUGGCUAAUGACAAACAUAUGAUAAAUUUGAUUAGGAAGAACAAAGAAGGGUUUGUUCCUAUAGCAAUUAUUGCUUCCUUUAGGAAAAUGAAAAGGCUUAUCAGAAACUAUGCAUUAAUAGCGACUGCAUUGAAGGAGUCAAACUUUCUUGUUGUCAGUUCAGAUGGAAAGAAGGUGAAGCGACUUCAUCCUUUUCUACUUGCUGAAACCAGGGAUGCAAAGUUAUAUACUGUUUUGGUAGAGAAUCUACCAGAGGAUCAUUCAGUGGAGAAUAUUCAGCAUAUAUUUGGAGAGGCAGGAAAGAUAAAGAAUAUAUGUUUACGUGAUCCACAUGCAACAGAAGCACCAUCUAAAGGAGACAGAGCCGAGAAGUUUAUCAGUAGCAAGCUUCAUGCCCUUGUGGAGUAUGAGACUCUGGAGGCUGCUGAGAAAGCUGCGGCAACUCUGAACAAUGAACAGAAUUGGAGAAGUGGCAUGCGGGUCAAGCUUCUGAAGCACACGGCAAAGCAUGGGCAGCGAAAACAAAUUUGGAGGGCUACUGAUUCUGAGAAGAGCCAUGGUAGCCAACUCCAACUGCCUGAUCGGGCCAAAGACGAGGGGAAUCAUAACACCAGCGAGCAGCACGAUGAUACACCGGAUGAAGAGGAUGCGGCGCACUCUUACAAACAGAAAAACGAGCACAGAGGUCGAAACAGAGGGAGGCCAGGAAGACAAAAACACCGGGGUGCUAAUGGGAUGGGUCAUGGAAAUACUUGGUCGGCUAGUCAUCCACAUGAACCCCCAAAGCCGCCACCUGGGCCAAGAAUGCCUGACGGAACCCGGGGAUUCACGAUCGGGCGUGGUCGCCCUCCAACUUCCGAACAAAGUUGACUAACAACAACAACAACCGAACAAAUGCAGAACACACACACACCCUCUCUCACUCUCUCUGUCUAUAAACUAUAAAUGUUCUUGUGACGAUCCUACUAUAUCCAUUUUCCGUUGUAUUGUUGUUGUGGUGAUUAAUGGAUAUGAUAGAAUUUGGAGCUUUGUUUUCAAACAGAGCUGUGUGAUAUUUGUGUUUGGCAUGGCGUUCCUUUCCUGGCUUGUAAUCUUAUCACUGUAUGAUAUUCCGCUUUAAUGGUAUUUAUUAAUUCAGACAA